AUGGACUAUUGUGAUUCUUGCAGAACUGUGUUAGAGGAGAGAACUUAAUUGUUAAACAAUAUUAGAAACUUGAGGGGAAAACUGGAGAAGGCUGAAAUCGAAUUAAAAGAAUUAAAAGAUGAGAACUAAUACUUAAAGGACAAAGGACAUGCUUCCUAAAAAUUGAAAAGGAAAAAUAAUAUGUUUAAAUUAGAAUUGGAAUAGAGUUACUAAAAAAUUGAAUAAUUAUAAUUGAUUAUUCAGCAUAAAGAUAUGAUAAUCGAUGAAUAAGCUUUAAAUGAUAAUGCUACCGAAAAUACUCCUAAAAUAGAAAAAAGGAAAUGA